AUUCAACACAGCUCGUGUUGGUCCUUUGUGACACAAACACACCAUUUUUUUACAGAAGAAAUACACCAUUUUUGAUAUAAUUCAUUGCUAAUAAAGUCUUGUUUUAUCUUAUUUCUCCACAGAUCCAUCAUCUUCUUCUUUCUCCACUAACCUACUCACCAUUUCAUAUUAUAUUUAAAUUCGUCGAUCAGAUCCAAAUUUCUUUCUCAUUUCUGCUAAACAUUAUAUAUAAUUUAGACAUUCAAAAUAUAUUUCUUUUCAUUUUUACAUGCGAAUCCUCCAUGACGAGGAUUAAGCAGCUGAAUCCAUAUUCCAUUUUCAUAUUUUCCAUCGGGCUAUGUGUCCUAGAUUCCGCGUUUGUAAGCUGUCGAAACCCCUCGUUUUCUCCGUUAAUAACUUCGAAGAAGGGGAACAAGCCUUUACCUGUUGAAACAACGUUCAAAAUUCCGGCACCAGUGCCAAAAUGGCCCCAAGGUGAUUACAAAGGUAAUGGUUUUGCAAGUGGAGCAAUUGAUUUAGGAGAACUAAAAGUUUCUCGUAUCACAACUUUUAACAAGGUUUGGACUGCCCGUGAAGGCGGUCCAAACAAUCUUGGCGCAACAUUUUAUGAACCAAUUUCUAUACCAGAAGGGUUCUCGGUACUUGGUUACUAUAGCCAACCAAACAACCAGGCUUUAUAUGGAUGGGUUAUGGUUGCUAAAGAUGUGAGAAAUGAUCAGUUUCGACAAGCCCUCGCAUUACCAACUGAUUACACUCUUGUUUGGAGUAGUGAUUCUCAAAAAAUUAAGCAAGAUGGAAUUGGCUAUAUAUGGCUACCAGUGCCGUCAAAUGGUUACAAGGCUGUGGGUCAUGUUGUCACAAAUUCAUCGGAGAAGCCUUCCCUGGAUAAAAUUCGUUGUGUACGAUCAGAUUUAACAGUGGAUAUUGAAACUGACAAUUGGAUUUGGGGACCAAAAAGUAGGUUCAAUGUAUACAGCUCAAGGCCAGUGGUUAGAGGAAUUCAAGCCUCAAGUGUAGCUACUGGAACAUUUGUGGCUAAGAAAGAUGGAGAUGCACCUUCUUUGUCUUGUUUAAAGAAUAUGAAGAAUGAUCUGUCUAGCAUGCCAAAUUUAGAUCAGAUUCAAGCAUUGUUUAAGGCUUAUUCACCGGUAGUAUACUUUCAUCCCAAGGAAGAAUAUUUUCCCUCAUCAGUAAGUUGGUUUUUCCAAAAUGGCGGAUUAUUGUACACAAAAGGCCAAGAAUCUAAACCAGUUGAGAUUGAACCCACGGGCUCGAAUCUUCCACAAAAUGGAUCAGAUGAUGGUGCAUAUUGGUUAGACCUCCCGACAGACAAAACGGCUAGUGAAAAAGUAAAGAAAGGCGAUUUAGCAGAUGCAGGGGUAUAUUUACACGUUAAGCCUGCUCUUGGUGGCACAUUUACUGAUAUUGCAGUCUGGAUAUUUUACCCUUUUAAUGGGGCUGCAAGGGCUAAAAUUGAAUUUGUCACAGUCUCGCUAGGAAGAAUUGGUGAACAUGUUGGUGACUGGGAACACGUAACGUUGAGGAUCAGCAAUUUUGAUGGAGAGUUAAAAAGUGUGUAUUUUUCACAGCAUAACAAAGGAAGUUGGGUGAGUGUAUCAAAUCUUGAAUUUGAAAAAGAUAACAAGCCUGUGGUCUAUGCCUCAUUGCACGGGCAUGCAGCUUAUCCACAGGCCGGGCUAGUAGUGCAAGGGACGGCAUCAAUUGGGAUAAGAAACGAUACGUCUAGAGGUAAUGUUGUGAUGGACACCGGAUCCAGAUACUUGGUGGUUGGAGCAGAGUACUUGGGAGCUUCAAAGAUUGUUGAACCACCCUGGUUGAAUUAUGCUAGAAAAUGGGGUCCAAAAAUAACUUACAAUAUUAAUGAUGAGUUGAGUAGAGUGAAGAAAUUGUUGCCUGGGAUGUUAAAGACAAAGUUUGAUGGAGUUAUCAAAAGUCUGCCUCCAGAAGUAUUAGGUGAACAAGGACCAACAGGGCCAAAAUGGAAAGAUAAUUGGAGCGGCGAUGAGAGGGUUUAGCUUAGAUGUAAUGAAAUAUAUGGAUUCUUGUUGUCUGUCUAGAAAUGGAAUUUUAUCAAAAUCAUUUAUGUACUCCAUGAAAUAGAGAUGAUAAUGUCUUCAUAUAUCUUACUAUUUGCAAGAUUGAAUUGAGAAA